UUGCAAAGUUGUUAGUUGAUUGUUAAAUGCUACAGGGGUCGGCAUUAGUCGGGCGGCUGCCCAUAUCAGCCCCCACGACGAGGACGUGUCUGCAUACCAUUUCUAAAUCACAUGUGGUAGAGUGUUGGUGGUCUGCAGGGUUUGUGCAUCGCCGCACGUUUCUCCAAUUUCCCAGAAGACCCCAUUCUAGGAUCUACUAUACUUAGGCAUCUGCAAUCUGCAAUGUGACAUAACAGACAUCUAGGCAUCCAGGCAAAUAGAGUAAGGAAAUCCCGCUCACUGCUUUCAUCGGCCUAUGGUCUCUAUAUGUAGCAAAUGGCAUCUCUAUUGAUGAAACACAACGCACAGUUACAGUCCGCAUCGAUUUCGGUACGAUCUAGUUGAGAUGUCCAGUCCAUAUGCUAGUGAGAGUUUGCUUCAGUUCAACACAUUCUAUAAUGUGGUGAAUGGAAAGCUCACUGAGUCCAGCUCGGGGCAAACUUAUCACAAUACGAACCCCUCCACUUUGCAAGCCAAUCCCGAAGUUCCCCUCAGCGCACAGGAAGAUGUGGACGCAGCUGUUAAUGCUGCUCAAGUGGCUGCAGGACAUUGGGCUGAAACCCCAUGGGCCGAGCGGAAGAAGAAGCUUCAAGAUUUCGCAACCGCUUUGGAAUCUCAAACCGAAAAUUUCUCUAAAAUGCUCGUGAAAGAGAACGGAAAACCUUUAUUCUGGGCCAGGAUUGAGGUUCAGAGUUGUAUCAAAUGGGUCCGUGAGAUCUGUGAGUUGUCUCUACCAGAUAACAUCAUAGAAGACACUGAGCAACGCCGUGUUGUUGAGAGAUACACACCACUUGGCGUUGCUGUGGGGAUUGUUCCUUGGAACUUUCCUUUAAUGCUCUCCUUUUUUAAAAUCCCUGCUGCACUACUUACAGGAAAUGUCUUCAUCUUGAAGCCUUCUCCAUUCACGCCAUACUGUUGUCUUAAAGUGGCUGAGUUGGGACUUCGUUUCUUCCCUCCUGGGGUGCUUCAAGCUAUAAGCGGCGAUGAUAGACUUGGCCCAUGGGUCACAGAACAUCCAGGCGUCGAUAAAGUAGCGUUCACUGGCUCUGUCGCUACUGGGAAGAAGAUCCUUCAAACUUGUAGUGCGAGCAUGAAACGAGUGACACUAGAGAUGGGCGGUAAUGACCCGGCAAUCAUCUGCGCCGACGUCGAUAUCGCAGCUAUUGUUCCCAAAGUAGCGAUGAUCUCAUUCGUGAAUUCGGGUCAACUAUGCAUGGCAGUUAAAAGGCUUUAUGUCCACGAGUCGAUCUAUGAUGCUUUUCUUGCUGCCAUGGUCGAAUUCGUUGAGGGCAGCUUCAAGGUCGGAGAUGGUUUUGCAGAAAACAGCUUCAUUGGCCCCAUCACACACAGGGCACAAUUCGACCGUGUCACGGAGUUGCUUGAUCAUAUCAAGGAAAGCGAAUUCAAAAUCGCAACUAAAGACUCGGUUGAUACUAGUCAACAGGGAUUCUUCAUCUCCCCAAUGAUAUUAGAUAAUCCACCGGACGAUUCCAGACCUGUCGUUGACGAGCCUUUCGGUCCAAUUCUACCGCUGCUAAAGUGGAGCGAACAGUCAGAUGUCAUUCAGCGGGCGAAUGAUACCGAAUACGGCCUGGGCGCGUCAGUAUGGUCCAAAGACAUGGCACAAGCCAAUCAGAUCGCUAGCAAGCUGAAAGCUGGAAGUGUAUGGAUCAAUACCCACGGAGAACUUGAGCCUCAUGUUGCAUUCGGAUGCCACAAGAGUAGUGGCUUUGGGGUGGAGUGUGGGGUGGAGGGGUUGAAGGCAUAUUGCAACAUUCAGAGCGUGUACAGCAGGCCAAGUUGACAACCUAAUGUAGCGGAAUGGUUCUCAUGAGCUAGCCCUUGCAUCCUGCAUCAAUACCAACUUGCAUACGCCCCCAAUUCUUAUCUACAGAGAGGUCGGAACUGUAACCUCAGCUGCAUUAGCGGAUGCGGCUCCAAAAUUGUUGGUCCUGGUGCAGAUGAUGUUGGCUGAGGAAUUUGAAAGUACAGUUGAAACUGGCGGAAUGCAACGGUAAACUGUUGUGCCACGGUGAAAAUUGGAAAAUGAUGCCAGAAGUCUCACGAAUGAGUGCAUAAGCGCCUGUCACCUUAUCUUCCUGGCGAAAAGAACUAAGGAUGCCACCUUCCGUUAUGAAUAUACUGUUGGUGAGUUGCAGCAUGCGUGAAUCUGCACGAAGCCAUCCUGUAGGCCCCAGCCUCGUUGGAGUUGUGAAAUCUUCUAAUUUUGGAUAUCGUAUGCCAUGAUCGAGGGAUAUA